ACUUUUGGGUUGGAUAUUUUUGUUGGACCUGGCAACCCUCACUACAGCAUGGCGGCGCCCUGUGCGUGGACAGCGUGUAAUACGAGCGGGCAGGAGGACGCAGUGAUCGUGAAGUUCUCUAAUGGAGAGGUGAAGAACUCUGAGCAGCUGGACUUCAGACUCUUUAAACAUGUGGACGAAUCAAACCCGAGGAAGAAGCGCCGCCGGAUCAUCGCUGCAGAGUCAGACAGGCUGGCGUACGUUGGGAAUAACUUCGGACCCGGAUCCUUACAGUGCAACAAUCUGUGCAGGUAUUUUGUGGGAGUGCUGGAUAAAAGGACGAUGGAGAUGAAGGUUCAUAAUGCUCAACUCUUCAACUUGCUGCCCAGUAUACCAGGAGAAACAGCAGCAGACGCUGAUAAAAACGAGACCAAGACCUACAGAGACAAGGUGGACGCUCUGAUCGAGGCGUUCGGUACGACGAAGCAGAAGCGAGCUCUGAGCUUGCGGCGGCUGAACGAGGUCGGGAACGAGACGCUGCAGAAGGCGGUGGACCGAGCAGCCGGGAGCGUCAUCAACCAGAAAGGACUGGAGGUUUUACAGCAGGAAGUGGCUAAUUCAGAAGCUCAGACUGAGGUGGCGCUCUUCCUCCCGCCGUGUAACCGAGAUGCAGAUAAGCCUGAGGAUGUUUACCCGUUCGACGGCAUUUUGUCUUCAGUGCAGUUCGAGUCUCUCCGGCAGGUCGGGGAGAAGAUGGCGGCACUGACUCAAGAAGAUCUCGCCAAGAUGAGAAGUGAAAACUGUCCAGAGACGGUGAUGAGACAUUUGGAGUGUUUACCGAGGGACGCUGAGGCUCGGCUGGAUCAGGCUCGCUGUGUUUGGUACCUGCUGUUCCUCAUCAGAAUGGCCCAGAACAAGAAGAUCCACCCAAAACUGAAUGAGGAUGAGUGUCCCCGGAGUGUCUACACUAAAGCCCUGAAGACCUUCACUGUGGAGAGCUACGCUAACGGAAGGGUGAGGAGCACAGUUCCUGCUUCCAUGAUGGUGAAGUUAGCGUCUUAUUGUCUGGCUCUGCUUCUGCACAUGGGCGACCAGACGGCAAACCUCACACUCCUCCACAGAGAUCUGUCUAUCAGCGAAAACAAGAUGCUGGAGGUGGCGAAGGCGAUGGGGCUGACUCUGUCCCGGCAGGCGUCUCUCAGUGCAGAACAGUCCGGCGUUCAGGAAGAACAUAAAACAGCAUCCCUGCAGCUCCCGCUCGUCAGAUACGAGCGCCGCCUCGAGGCCAGGAAACGCAAGAGGAUGAAAUAAAGACACUCAUAAUAAACUGAUCACUGUUUAAGAUCUGUGCUGUACAUCAACAGUUGAAUAAAAUAGCCAUUAUAAACAGUCA